AUGCUUAUUGUGAGCUUCGUUAGUUCUACUGGCUGGGCCAUCUAUUGCUGGCGCUGCAACUCGGCCUACGACCCCAACUGCGCCGACCCGUUCAACAACAUCACCUCGGAUCUUGUGAACUGUGACAUGCGCGUCAAGGAACACCUUCCUACGGGUACCCGGGCGCAAGUGUGCCGAAAGAUUGUGCAGAAAGAUGGGGAACAGUACGACUUGUACAGCGACUAUCGCACUGUGCGUGACUGCGGAUGGCUCAAAAGCGACAAGGAAGGCACGGAGUGCAUGCGCCGAGCCGGCACCUUCAGCGUGCUCAUGAAGAACUGCAGCUGCGACAAGGACGGCUGCAACUGCGCCCGCCGGCCUACGGCCGUGUCCUCGUUGCUUAUGGUGGCACCACCGUUGCUUCUGCUGCGCCUUUUCAAGUAG